UCUUGUAAACGAGGUUGUCAGAUGUGUUGUCAACAGUUGUCAAUCGUCUGUCACUAAUUAGUAUCGAAUAAUUUUUAUGAUCUUAUAACAGAAAGCAAGUAAAAUAUACGUUAUGGGACAAUCAAAAAGUUAUAAAUUAUAAGUGUUUAUUUCUAUUGAAUAAGGACGUGCUGUGUAUAUGUAUUAUAUACAACAACAGACCAUAUAUAUUUGUCAUAUAUUUAAAUAUCGUGGUAAAAGAAUCAAGUAAAUACGAAGAAUAAGUUUACGGAAGUGUUACCAUUGUACAUAACCAUCAAGGCGUAAUGUCCUGUCAAAUUAAAGGAAUAGCAAUCAUACCAGACGUGGAUAAUGUUAAAAAAUUGCUUUAUUGCGAUACCGUUGGCAAAUUCGAGUAUAUACCGAGCGAUGAAUUGCCUCUUCAAGACUGUGUUAUAUCGCUAUCGUCGGUUGGGGAUGUACUUACGAUGGCUUGGAAUACAAGGAUGAUUAUAUUUGUUUCGAGAUGGGAUUCGCAAGAAUUAGGCGAGGUAAAAUACAAGUUCCGUGUAACGUGGCACGGAGAAGUGACGAAAGAGCAAAAUGAAUGGGUAACAUCGGUGAUCUGCUUACCUUUGAUAUCUUUAGGAAAGGCUGCCGGUCCAGAUUGGACCUGUAUAGCUGUUGGAUAUAAUACAGGAUUCGUUAGAUUCUACACGGAAACGGGUGCGUUGCUCUUUGGGGAGCAAAUCCAUAAUGAGUCGAUUUUAGGAAUAAAGUGUCAAUCGUUUUGCUUACCCAAACACGCUGGUGAUGCCGGCUCUAGCGAAGAAGUUUAUAUUUUAUACAACAGUGGUGUUUGUAUAUUACAAGGAUUUCCGUUAUUUUCAACUUUACGUGCCUGUAGAAAUCAUUUGGCUAAAGUUCAAGCGAAUUGCAAUGAUAUACCACCAGUUACAACGUUGUCAUACAAAAGAUGGACGUUCAAAAAUCAAGACAUUACAAACGAUUUAGAAGUGAUUGGUACAACGUCGAUAAAUAGCUUUGACCAUUUAAUGACAGCUUCGAUAUGCGGUGGAUAUAAUGCAACGUACAGAUCGAGUGCGCCGCAACACACGUUAGUCAUUGCGACCGGAAAACGACCAUUUGUAGGAUUCCAUUAUGCACUGGAAGGUGGUAACGCACCGGUGCUGUCGGAUGUCGCUAUCGCUAUGGCGAGCAAAUUGGCUAACGCUAUUGGUACCGCUGUACCGUGGUUUCGUGGAACGUCCAAGAAUGCUGCACCCGAAGCAUCGAAAGGUCGUAGCCAUGAAUCCAUAGAGACAAUGACGUGUCGAUUUGGUUUAAGCGAUAUUAUGAGAGAAGGUGCGUGCAUCGUUUGUUGCCCGAACAAGAUGUUUUCGGUAAUAUCGGACGCUAUGGGUAGAGUAAUUCUCGUAAAUAAUAAAAAGGGUAUAGCUCUAAGGAUGUGGAAAGGAUAUCGCGACGCUCAGUGCGGUUGGAUUGAAGUCGCCGAGGAGAGAGAUCGUGGAACACGCAAGAAUAUUGAUAAAUCUGGACGUAAAGCUUUCUUGCGCACCGCUCUAUUUCUAGUUAUUUACGCACCAAAGAAAGGUGUGAUAGAUAUUUGGAGUAUACAGCAAGGUCCAAAGAUCACUACGUUUACCGCUAGCAAAAAUGGACGAUUACUGUACAUUAAUUAUGGUUUUCUUGGCGCGAAUGACAGUGCCGUUUUAUCGAAGAAUAAAGCGCAAUAUUCUUGUGUAUUUAUCGACCCGCUUGGAGGAUUAAAAGAGAUUCGUGUUCCAUUUCACUUUGCGCUUAAUAGCAAAAACGGAAAACGGGCACGCGACAUACAUCUACUUAGGAAACUGCGAACAUUUCUGAGGGAAGAGGAUUUUAAUGAGGCGAGAUUAGUUUCCAAAGUUGCCGAUACUUGUCUGAGUUUGGAAACGAAUGAAAUUCGGGUACAGACGAUAGAGGUUUUAAUGAACAGCAAGCAUAUCUUACCAGACGCUUUGCUCGCUGCGACGGAUUGUUUUACAGUAAAACGAGAAGAGGAAGGAAAAGAAAAAGAGGAGAAAGGCGUGGAAGAAGAAGAAGACGUGGAGCCUACCGCCAAGAUGCUUUGUCACGUGACACGGCAGUUGCAACAAAUAAUUACAUUUUAUAAAUAUGUCGAGUCUCAACUUGACGUGCCAUCCGAGUGCGAUAUUGCAACAGUAGGUGACGCAACGAAUGCUAAAAAUUUAUCUUUGACUUUAUUAACUUCGGAACGAGAAGUAAAUCGUGUUACCAAAUUGGCUAAAAUGUUGAGCAACUUCAGAGGUGGUGACGUUUCGGCGGAAACUAGAGUGAAAUUUAAGGAUGAAAAUACGUUCUUUGAUUUUCUAUCGUGCUUCGACGUGGGAACAUCGAGAUUGAUUGGGUUACGAAAAGAUGUUAAGGAGGAUACGUUACACGAGAUUUCACGAUUGAUAUACCAAAGAUGGAUGUAUUCCGACGACGAUAUGACGGUGAAAUGGCAGCAAGCGGCUAAAGACAGUAACAUUCAACCGUUCAUCGUCAUGCGACUGGCACUAAUGUAUUGGACGCGCAAGGAAGAAGCCAAGUUUUCGGAACGUGAAUUAAAACGCUUUACGCAGCUGCUGCGUGUCAUUUGUUUGUUAACCGAUGUGGAAGAAAUAUGUGUCGAAUAUAACGAGGUUUCUUCAUGGUGGAAAAACGUACGCGCUAUCCUGACGGAAUCUACGAAACCUUUCAACGCGUUUACCGCUGCGUUGGCGUGUAGGGCGACCGCUAUGACUCUAGAGAAGUAUAAGGAAAGAUUGCAAAGUCAGAAACUUGCAAAGUUAGGAAAUAAUAAUGGAAACGAAGAGGAAAAAAACAUAAAAAAUGGGAACAAUGUAACCAAAAUAGAUGUAUCGGAGAAUAGUAAGCCGAAUGACGUCACGACACCAGACGAUGAUGAAACGUACAGUUCGAUUAGCGAAUGGGAAAAUGUGAGUAACGAUACCUGUCAAUUCGCCGUGUUGAUCGGGAAUCUUGAGGAUAUCGCUAUUUUGAAUGCUGUUGUUGGUCAGCGAGUUGUACCAGAUGAGACGACACGAUUCUUUGCUCUGCCAUUCGCGCGAAACGACAUUUCUUUAGCAUCGAUUCUCUCUAGAGGAAGAGGUUCGGUGUCUGAACUGGUUGCAAAGUGGCUCGCGACAACGGGUGUCGAUCCAGCGCGGUUAAUCGACACGACCGACGUGGAAUUCGAUCAGUUGAUGCACGUGUCAAUGGUGGAGUCUACACACCUGACCGCUGACGAUACGCUGAAUGAAGCGACUGCUGUCCAAGUACCUCGACACGAACGAACGAAACUUUUAUCUUUAUCGGUAGAACGCGGAGACGAGGCGAAAGUUGCGGCGACUGCGGAAGCGUGCGUUUUAGACAAUAUGGCCCUACUCAAACGCCACUUUCCGUACAGUUUAACGAGCAGCGUUCUAUUAGCCAAUUUAUGCUGGGAGUUUGCCAUGUCCUGGGAUAAAGAUGUCACUCAGUUGGAUUCGCUCGCAGCUGCCUUGACCGUUUUACGACAAAUACCCAUGAAGAAUAUGAAGCAUGGCGUCUGCUGUCUGUUGUGGACGCUUCACAUAAAGAGAAGGAUGGAAGCGACGGCAAAGUUGAUGAACAAACUCGGAAAGUUACCAAAGGAGAGAUUAUGUAUGCAAGACAUCGGUUUAUCUGACAUUCAAGUGACUACGUUUUUACAACACUGCGUUACUUUCUUGGAUAUAUUUAUCGAUGCCGAGAUACUCGAACGAGGAGAUGAUGCGGUAAUAAAGUCGGAAGAAUUGUGGGACGGACACGUCGGUGGACCACAACCGUUUGCCGCGCUGGCUGUCUCCCAAACUCCAGCGUGGUACGACUUGAUUUUGUUACACGUGCAAGUGGCUAAUGUCCUCUACAUGAUGGCAUGUCUCAACUUGAAAAUGUUGAAACCAUUAAAUAACUUGUUCGAAUCCGUGGUACAGCCCUAUCUCUUUCAAGACAUAACGGACAAAGCGAUGCUCACGUGGUACCGAGACGACAAGAGGGAUAAUAUACGUACAGAAUUUUUGUGUAGAGUAAUUACAGCGUCAAUGGACGUUAUUCAUCGGGAGACUACUGACGGUGUGACGGUUAGUUCGACACAUGCUAUCUCGUGGAUGAGCAAGUGUCAAACGUUAGCGUCUAUCUGGAAAAUUAAUAAUGACGAGUUGAGGAUACACCAAGCCUGUCAGCUGUACAUAAACGGUUUCGAUCGUUUGGCAGAAGAGGUAACUACAGCGGUAACCGAUAUCGAACGUUUGGCUGCAAACUUAUUGCCUAUAGCUGGAAGAAGAAUGAUGGCAUAUCUCUCAAAAACACCUAAUCUUCUGGAAGAAAUGUCACGAAUGAGUCCAGCACUUACAAGAUACUUGGAAAGUCUGAACAUGCCUGAAAUAGUCUGUACAAACUGUUCGAAUGCUGACACUGUGGAAUUGAUUCGACGAGUAUCUGUGCAUUUAUCUAAAAUUCACAGUGAUUAUCAUAUUAUACUGUUAAUGUUAGACGCAACAUUUAUUUAUGAAGAUAACAACUAACCAUGGAUUUUGUUAACUAUGUCCCGUGAUAUUAUCAAGUGAAAAGCUGAGAGUAAAAGAAUUUUAUGGAGCCGUACAACGUGUAUAUUAAAUACAACGAAACGAGAACAGGCAUAAAGCCAAUAACGUGUCUGCUUCUAUCAAUGGAAAGACAUGAUAUUUGUGCGUAAUAAUACCGAAAGAAGUUAGUGGUAAUCAAGUUGCAAAGUGGUAUGCAAAGAAUAAAUACGACGUGUUACAUAUUGUUUGGUGUAUUACGGACAAUUUAAUUAUUUAAUUUUUCCGGAAUUACAAGCGCGAUCUCGAUACAAUGUUCCGUAUACCUAUAAGCUCUCUGUUUCAAGGGGAGCGCGUGCGUAUCUGUACACGUAAUAUUUUACGUUCUGGCAUGCUAUUAUAUCACAGGACAUUACGUGAACUCACGUUCCAAAGUGCACGUAUAAUUUAUCUGGCAUCCUUACACUUAUACAAAGAGAAUCUGUAUGGAGUCCGUGAGUUAAAAUUAUAAACAUUCCACGUACCACGCUGUAAUCGAAUGUAACAUUUCUGUGGAAUAUACCUAUAUCCUUAUGAGUAAUCACCUUUUAAAAGUUUUUAUAAGGGAUCUAUAUAAUUUAUUAAAAAUACUAAUCAAAUAUA